UGUGGGGUCCGGGGAGAGCGGAUAUAGUGAAUGCUGGGUCCGGGGAGAGCGGAUAUAGUGAAUGCAGGGUCCGGGGAGAGCAGAUAUAGUGAAUGCGGGGUCCGGGGAGAGCAGAUAUAGUGAAUGCGGGGUUCGGGGAGAGCGGAUAUAGUGAAUGCAGGGUCCGGGGAGAGCAGAUAUAGUGAAUGCGGGGUCUGGGGAGACCAGAUAUAGUGAAUGCAGGGUCCGGGGAGAGCGGAUAUAGUGAAUGCAGGGUCCGGGGAGAGCAGAUAUAGUGAAUGCAGGGGUCUGAGGAGACCAGAUAUAGUGAAUGCAGGGUCCGGGGAGACCGAAUAUAGUGAAUGCAGGGUCCGGGGA